AUGAUCAUUAUCGGUGCCAUAAAGUCGAAUAUUGGCCCGAUGCGUUCAUUUCGAAUGUUCAAGGAAUUUGCAGACGGUUAUGAUAAGGUGGGAUGUACCAGCAACGACGUCAAGAAUUAUGUUAGAGACUUGAAUGUGUACUCCAAAGAUUCAGAUGCACACAUGUUGCUAGAUGCAUUUACUAACAAACAGGAGCUAGGAAGAGGUUUCAAAUUCUUUCAUGAUGUAGAUGAAGAAAAUAAGUUGGGCCGCCUCAUUUGGUCAGAUGAAUCAGCAAUUGAAAACUACAAGUUAUUUGGGGAGGCUGUAUCCUUCGAUGUUACAUACAGUACCAACAAGUACAAAUUGAUAUUCACUCCAUUCACUGGGAGAGAUAAUCACAACAAAUGCAUCUCUUUUGGCGCUGCUCUUAUUUCUAGCGAGGAUAUGGAAUCCUAUUCUUGGGUUCUGGAAAAAUUUGCAGAAAUCAUGGGAAAUGCUCCCAAGGUUUUCAUAACGGAUCAAGACCCUGGAUUGAAGAAAGAAGUUGCAUCGUCAACAUAUGACAAGAUUGUAUGGACCGACAACGACGACCCUGAUAUGUUUGAGGAAAACUGGAAUGACAUGAUAGAGGAAUAUGAUCUUGCGUCUAAUAGAUGGUUCUCCGACAUGUACGAGGAGUGCAUGUACUGGAUCCCUGCUUUUAUUAGAGACGUACCUAUGAGCGGCAUAUUUCGAACCACGUCUCUGUCUGAAAGUGAGAACAGUUACUUCAAACGUUUCCUCAACAAGAAUUCUGGCCUCGUCUUACUCUAUACUAAUUAUUGCAGUGCUCUUGAUGCUCAAUGA